AUGCACUGGAGGACAUGUUGGCUUUGGGUCAUUGACCGAUGUCAAGUGCCUUCAAACAAGGAGCUGUUGCCGGACAUCUCCUUGAUGAAUCAACUUGAGGAUCUGCUGCUGGAUCAGAAUCGAUUGCGUGAGCUUCCUGACGAGGUCUGCCUCUUACCACAUCUGAGAGGGCUCUCCUUGAGCCAAAACCUCCUGAAGACGCUGCCGAAGGCCGUGGGAUCCAUGAAAUCUCUGAAGAGCCUCAGCCUAGGUGACAACUUCUUAGAAGAGAUUCCAGCGGAGCUUGGGCAGUGUAAGGAGUUGCAGACGCUCUAUUUGCACCACAACAGCUUCACAAGCUUGCCAAACAGCCUGGCGGCGAUGGAAAACUUGCAGGAGCUGGCGCUGGAAUGGUUCAGGUACACGACUCCACCAUUGCCACGUGUGAUCAAGGGCGCUGAGUGGCAGCGCAUCAUCACCAAGCUCAGAGACCUCUGCCGCGAAAAGAAAGACAAGGACGCCCGUGUGAGCUGUAUAGAGGUCUUGUCUGAGUUCUCGCAGAAGGCAUUUGAUCCAAAUGCUAUUGACUCCAAGAGGAGAACGCGGUUGCACGUCGCAUGCCUCGAAGGGCAUGUUGGUGUAGCCCUUGCUCUUGCCGAGAAUGGGUCAAAAUGCGACUCCUUAGACUGCGAGGGCUACUCGCCACUGCUUGUGGCAGUCCGCGAGGAGCACCCAGACAUUGCCAACGCACUCGUCAGGGUGGGUGUUGACGUGAAUCGUGGGGGUGGUCUCUUCGGUUCGCCGCUGCACGUGGCUACGGUCAAUUUUGACCCUCAAAUGGUGAUGCUUCUCAUUCGUGGAAAAGCUGACGUGAAUCAGACGGAUGCUGACGGAAAUGCCCCACUGCACGUGCUGAUGUCAGUUUUUGACAAGGGUGGCAAGCGAGCGGCGGCAAUUGGAAAGAUUCUGUUGCAGCACAACGCCGAUUGCAACAUGAUGAACAGUGACAAGUGGGCACCGCUGCACUUGGCUGCAAGAAGAGGCCAGCUGCGUGGAAUAGCCUUCGUGCUCAGUAACCUGGACACCGCCGAUGCAGCCUGUCACAAGGGCACCUGUGCUCACCAGCUGCCAAAGAAGAAAGGCAGCCGAGUGCGGACCUGUCCGCGAGCCUUUGACCUGAACCUGAGGGGUGGUUCGCACUUGUGGACACCGCUUCACCUCGCCGGACAUGCUUGCCAUGUCAACGUAGUGCAGGUUCUCAUUGAGGCCGGAUCCGAUGUUUUCCUUCGCAAUGUCGAUGGCCGGACGGCAAGGCACGUCUCCCGCGGGAACUUGGCCAUUUCCAAGCUCCUGCGAAAGGCUGAGGACGAAUGGCUGUGGUACCGCAUACAUCAAGGCUUCGCUGACAUGAAGGAGACGGUGAAGCCUCUGGGAGAUGUCAGUGCUGCAGCUGAGCCAUCACCAGAUGUUGGGGGUUCGCCUGGCCAUGCAGCGCUCCUCAAGCGGGAUACGGACGAGUUAUUGGAGACUUUCAGGGUCGAUGAUGACGAGGAUGACCCUAUAGAGGAAAUUGCCAAGAACAUCGAAGGACCUAGCAAGAAAGGCUCCAGCUCACCUCCACAGGGCCCACCUGACCCAGGCAGAGCACCUGCACCGCAGCUGCGAACAGCUUCGAGGCCAAAGAUGCAGCGAAUAACGGAGAAGUGCCAAGACUCAUACUUCUCCCGGGACGAGCUGCAUGCGCUCCAGGCCAUGAACUUUGCCAGGCCUCCUGGCGGAGGUGCACAGACGUUCGUUGACAGUCUUUGCAAACUCUUGGAGAAGGGGCCAAAGCAGCGCCUGCCGUACCUUCUGUCCAAAGUGUGGGUCAAGGAACUGAUCCCGGAAGUCAUGGAGAAUGAAAAAUACCAUCAUGUCCUCCUGAGCCCAGACCUUGUCUGCAACGAGGACUUCCUGAGGAUGCUUGUCAGCAAUCUGCCUGGAAACAGGUUGCCAAUACUGGGGAAAAUGCGCAACAAUGACCAGGAUACGUUACUGCACGUGGUCUGCAAAGGCAUGCAUGCAGUCAGCCCCGGUGCCGACAUCCUCUCCUUCCUGCUUUCGGCCUGCCCCCAGGACACUUUUGAUCUCGAGGCUCGAGACUUGCGAGGGCAGACCGCGCUUCACCUUGCUGCGCAGAACGGCGACCUCGGCCUAGUGCAGGUGUUGCUGGACAACAGCUGCCAUCCCAAUUCUCAAGAGGAGACGACGGGAUGGACGCCACUGCACUUUGCCGUCUCAAAGGCUCAUUAUAGUGUCAUUCUGCAACUCUUGCAGCAUGCCGAGACGGAUGUCAACCAGGUUGACAAGUUCGAGUGGCCCCCAAUCCUGGAAGCCUGCUCAAGGUUGGAUGCUCGAGCAACAGCUCUGCUCGUCAAUGGUCGAGCUAACCUUGCAUUCCGGAGCCAGCACCAGUUUGACGUGCUCAAAGCUGUUGAUACAUCCAAGAAGGAUCUGGCAGCCAAGCGGUGGAUGUCCUGCCUAGUGGUCUCGAAUGGAUUCCGUUUUCAGGAGUCUUCCGUCCAGCUGACUGCCGAGGACAAAGAAACUCUGCAAAGGGAGCAAGCAUACUUCAACACUCGCUCCAUCCCAGCAACCCAUCCUCCUUUUUUCGUGCCUGACCACUUGGCCCCACGAUGCCACAGCUGCAAGGUUCUCUUCUCCGUCACCGUGCGAAGAUAUCACUGUAGAAGUUGUGGCCUGGUGCUAUGUGGGAACUGCUUCAAGUGGAGGCGGUGCAUGAAGCGUGGCCCACCAGGGCAAGAGCCGUCAACCCAGGUCAAGCGGCAAAAAGAGAUGGAUGGAGCAUCUGCUCCAUCUUCAGCAUCCGCUGAAAGAGAGCACCUCAUGCUCAUGAAGGUGCUCCAACCUGCGCAGGCGCCUGCGCAAAAGCUUAGCGUGGCCAACGUUGGGGAGUUCCUGGAUGCGGAGGCCGCCCGUCUGUCUCGUGACCGUGGCCUGGAGGAAGCAAUGCUUUUCCUGGCACAGGGCUGGAGAAGAUGUGAGGAGGGCGGUUCGGUGCCAUCUACCUGGGAUGGCAUAGCGCCGUUCCAGGAGGCGGUUCUGACCGUAUCCCUGGCGCAGCUACUGGGUGCCUCGUCCGAGCAGAAGGUGGCUUUGAUCCUCUCGCUGCUGAACAGCCGCGUACCGGUGAGGCUUCUGAAUGAGCUCCUGGUUGCAGCUGCAGAGGACGAUGCAGUUCCAGCUGCACUAGUGUCUAAAAUAGCUGAGCAGCUGAGAGGUCGGACCUUGAACGACCUCCGAAGCCAGCAGUUUAGUCAGCUAAUUCAUGUGUUGCGGGCGAGGAAAGACAAGAAAGAAAGCAAGUAUAUCAACGCCUUGGUGUCCGCACCUCUCAAGGAGGAAAUUUGGAGGCCAGCUUUUGAGCCAAAGUUUGUGUGGAGAGGACGCAAGAAGGAGAUCAUCUGCAAGCAGCUGGAUGGUCUCUUGUUGCAGGAGAACACCUUACUGGGCUGGGCAUUGUCGCCAUCAGCGUUGGACAGCGCUUUAGCCCCUCCAUCCAAAGCACACCUCACAGAGGCUGGCUCCAAAGAGUGGGAAGGCCUGGGGCGCGCCACACGACAGCGAAUUGAUGGACUGCAGAAAGGCUUGCAGACCAAGCUGACAAGUUCGCAAGACCAGGCCGCAGAAUUCGUUGACAUCCUCCUUAGAGCCGGAGAUGAGCCACGAAUGGCCGUGCUUGAGUGGCUGGGAGCCAUCAUCACGGCAGCAGAACCUCGCGGCCGGCAAGGCCAGCCAGCCCCGGAAGGGUUUAACUUCUGGCCGCAGUAUGGCAACCAUGUGAUUGAUUACAUGCAGCAGUUGGAACCCGGCUCCUUUGAGAAGUCGCUGAAAAACCUGCUUCUCUUGCAGGCUCUGCAUGCUCGUCUUCAAGGCUUCGCAACAAGCGGUAUGUCCUUGAAUACUUUCACACUGUUACUGCACUUGAUAAAGCCUAUCAAGUCAGAACAAGCAUCGAGCAUUUCAGUUUUCUUCCCGUUGCGCGAGGAUGUUCCGCAGCUGCUUGGAAACUACAAAAAAGAGGCCCGGUUCGGAGAGAAGGAGCAGGUUGAGGCCGCUUCAGAAAAGGCGAAGUCUGAACCAACUUACACAGCCGCGCUGAGUGACAAGACCCUCUUCAAGUCAGAGAUCUUCUGGCUCGCCACGAAAGGGAUUGGCUCUUUGCUUAUGCCAGUCGCGAAGGAGGCCUUCCACGCUUGGCAGGGAAUUGCGUCGGUGUUCUACGACAAGGACCGGCAGAUCGCAGAUACGGCUUGGCGAGAAUACCUGCUCUCAGAAGCUGCUCUCAAGGAGCCCAGAUUCCUGGAACGUUUGGCCCACCUUGUGGAUCUCACCUUCAGAUUCCUACAGAUGGCAGCUGCAGGGGAUCACCAGGCACUGCCUCCACCUCAGCCUGGACCCACCUGGCACGUUGUGCCCAGCUCCGUCUUGGAGAACGUUAUCGAGCUUUGCGAUCUGUACCGGGAUCGCGACCGAAGUAAGUCUGGCGGCAUACCGACGGGGUUGUUCGUCCACCUGGAUCCCGACCCAGUCCUGACGACGCUUUGUGUUGUCAUGGCCUCAGAAGACCAUGUCAGGGACCCAUCCUUGCGUGGGCGUGCUGUCAAGCUGCUUCAUCGCUUGUGCUUUGCCUUCCGGGCUUGGCGGGACAAGCUCAACUUGCCCCCGCUUGACAAGCACCUUAUCCCAUGCCUGGUGAAUGUCUUCAUUGCUGUGGAGAAGGCCAUCAUGAGCUACUAUGACUUGUCGUACCGCUACAAGUACGAGUUGCGCGCUCCCGUCAUGGACCUUUUCGACUUGGCCCUUCAAACAGAAGGCCAUCGCCAGGUCCUUCAGGUGUUCAUCAAUGGCGAGGGCAAUGAUAGGUUUUUGAAGUUGCUUACCCAACUCAUCAACGACAGCAACUCCCAGAUCGAGGAGGCUAUUAGAACCGUCAAGGAAUACCACCAGAAGCAGGGCGAAAGUGCCGCCUCAGGUUCGGCCCCACAGAGACAUGAUGAGCAGGUCCUGGACGAUGACCGAACCGGUGAAGGAGAUGAGGCAGAAGACAUCUACAGGCGGAGCCGGAUGAAUUACAAGGAGCAUGCCAAGAAAUACUUUGGCUUGGCUUCCAGGACAUGGAAGCAAAUGUGGCUGCUGUGCAAGCUCUGCGCUCCAACCAUUGUAGCCGGCCGGGCCACGCUUGAGCAGCUUCUGCACUCUUCGCUUGACGCGCAGCUUCACUAUUUGGUAGGCCCGGAGAUGAAGUCCAUCAAGGCUUCGCCUCAGGAGUAUGACGAGCUUGGCUUCAACCCCAAGGAGCUCGUGAAGCAGAUUGCAGAGAUCUACCUCUUCCUUGCCAAGGCCAACAAAGCAGAGGUUGUUCGGGUGGUUGGCAAAGAUGAGCGCUACUACAGCAAAAACACCUUCAGCAAAGCCACCAACUUUGUCAGGAAAUAUGGUCUGCUGAGCAGCAAUGACCUUGAUGAGUUCACAGACUUCUGCAAGGAGCUUGCAGAAAAAGUGUCUCAACACCGCGCAGCCUUCGACGAGGCUGAGAUCCCGGCGAAUUAUCUCUGCGAGAUAAUGGCCGACAUCAUGUCGGAUCCUGUGAUGUUCCCUCAAAGCCGCAAGGUGGCAGAUAGAACCGCGGCUCUUCGGGUCAUCAUGGGUGCGGACAAGGAUCCUUUCGCGAAUACGCCAGUCAAGGUCGAGGACCUCAUACCCCAGACAGAGCUGAAGGAACAGAUACAUCGCUUUGCCAAAGACAACGGCAUCGCGCUCGAAGGCGGCAAUAUGUUCGACUGA